AUUUUAAUGGUAUUAUUUUACAUGUAGAUAAAUUGUUCUUAAAGGCGUUACAAUAAUUACAAAAUCUGAUAUUACUUUGAAAUGUAUUAAGUUUGGUAAUUUUUUUUGUUAGAUAUCUUGGUUAAAAGUGAUACGAAAUUUGACAUAAAAUGUAUUAAUUAGCAAGGUCAAAAAUAGCGUACAACGAUUCUGGAGAAAUAAUAUUAAUAAAAUAUGGGAACAAGAGAGGAAUAAAUUCGUAAUAUUUACAUAUGCUGUUAUUUUAGUAGAAAUGCCUUAUCUUAAAUGGAAUAAUUAUAUUGACUCAAUUUGCUUUAUAUUAAUGCCAUGUGCACACAAUGAGACAAACUUCCCGCCAUUUUUAUAAACUGUGAUUAGCGCCACAUAGUGACGAUUUUUGUAAAUGAUACAGUCGACGCAUGUAGUUUUUACACUGUAUUUUGAGAAAACGAAUCGCAUCUAAAUACAAAAGACAUUCUUAGUUUAUCAGACAAAUUUCAACACAAGAUGAGCAGGUUUUUUUGUUGAAAAAUUGUGUAUUAAUCAUAUAGGAAUACACAUCAUUUCUCCACAUGCUUGUCAUAGUUUUAUAAUGGCUGCCGGUUUCCACCAAUGAGAAGCGAAGCGUAUGUUGAGGCUCGCGCCAUCUUCGUUUCAAGCUAUCACGCUCGUGGCUCGUUUUAGUUUUCUGUCAGUUUGCCAGUCGCGCGUCGGACACGAACUGUUAAACAACUUCUUAGUUUGACUUUGUAAUUGUACAUCAAAAUCAGAACAAUCAUGAGCACCAAUGAAAAUAACAGUGAAGUGGCCGUUGACAAGGUCGGCGAUGAGAAUAAAGGUGACGCCAAAAGUGAACUAAAAGGAGCGAAAAGGGCAGCAGAGGAAAAAACGACAGAGGCGAAAAAGGCGCGAAAGGAAGAAAACGGAGGAGGUGACGAAGACGACGAACACAGUGAUGAUGAAGACGUCGACGGGCUUUUUGAGGGAGAGGAGGAUGACGACGAUGAAGAAGUAGUGGAAGGUGAAGAAGAUGAUGAGGAGUUAGGAGAAGAAGAGGAUGAAGAUAUCGAAGGCGAAGUUUCAGGUGAAGAAGAAUUAAUUGCAGAGGAGGAAGAAGACGAUGCGUAAUAACGCUUCGUGCCUUUUAUGGACAAUGUCACAGUGAAGUGUUAGUGCUCGUGACGCCUUGGACUGACGCGGCCCCGUCUCGCCCCAACUGUCUUAAAAGUCAAAUGAGAGCCCCAAAGCAAUAGAAGUUCACUACAGUUGGGAACACGCGGGGCCGACUCUGCUCCCACCUAAAACGGGUGCAAUUCUAAUUUAAAUGACAAAUGUAAUUAAUUAAGUGAAAUUGAAUACUGAUUUCCAAUUUUUUUACGAUGUUUUAAGUUGGUACCGAAGCUGUACUUUAAUUUUCUGAACUUGCUGUAAUUAGAAUAUGUGUAAUCAACGUGACUUAGUUAAUGCUGUUGAAAUUUGUCAUGUAAUGUACAAAUAUUUCUAUUUCCCUUUUCUUUAGGCAAACUUUAUUCUUAGUAAUAAAGCUCUGUUUUAGGUUUACCUGUUGAAUGGUAAAGUUGUGAUAUUUUUCUAUGAUGCCGGAUAUUUCACAAGUAGCAUUUACUACUCGUGCGCGCCAAAUUUAAUGGCGCCAAAAGUAGAAGACCAAAAUGUUUAUUAGUUAUAGUUACGUUUUCAAUUUUUUAACAAUUUUUCACAUUUAAAGCAGUUUUAAAAUUUUUGGCGGCGUAAAAGUUUUGAAAAUUGAACAAAAAUAUGUAUUAAGAAAUGUAAAUAAUAAUUUGGUUUAUUGAUCAAUCGACAUGUUUAGUUUCUUAUUAACAGGCAGAGUACAAAAUGAAAUAUGAAAUGUAAUUAAGUCAACCAAAGCUGUACUGAAUAAUAAGAUACGAGGGCAUUUGACACUGGAAAUACUGACGAUUAAUAUGUAUCCACUAUAGAUUGAAAUGACUUAAAUAAAAUUGUGGAAUGUGGAUACACGUAUGUGCAGAGGCAGACCUGUCUGCCUGAAUAAAUCUGAUAUGAAUGAAUUUA